AUGUCUUUCAAGAUCACGGUCGCUCUCCGUGGAAGAAUGGUCGAGAAGUGGAUCCGCGCUAUCAAGAGGGACUACCUCGACAACGCACCAAUCAAGUGUGUUGGCUUGGACUGCGAGUUCACCAACCCUCGCGAGGGUGAUCAGCGCGCCGCCGUUCUUCAACUCUCCGUGGCAUCCGAGAAUUUGGGAUUCCUGAUUUAUUGGGCUGAUGAAGUGCCACAAGUUCUCAAGGAGUUCUUGAUGGACAAUACCAUCAGAUUCUGUGGCGCGGCUAUUGGCAAAGAUGUGGAAAUGUUGAGUCCCUACGGUAUUAAUAUUACUUCUGUGUUCGACCUCCAGAUGAUACUCCCGAACCCUAACAACAAGCCCACUCCGAGUCUAUAUGAUCUGUAUCUGCCGGCGCCCAAGACCGACCGCUACACCCGGCGCUCCACCAUCACGCUGCAACUGAAGAAGAUGCACUGA